AUGGAACACGAUACAGAUCUAAUGAAAAAUAGUGUGAGCAGAUUGGGUUUUAUUAAAUUUAAUUUAUUUAAUAAUCGUCGCGGGUGAUUUUACUCCUAUUGCGCUUGUACAAUUAAAGAUACGUCAUUUCAGAAGAUUCGGAGGAUGAUUCGGCCGUUCAUUCCGAUUCCGAGGACACGAUCGAUCCUGGAAGCAGUCCAUGUACUCGAUUAGAAAGUCCUCCUCCAGCUCUGUCACCGUCGCCGGCACCAACAACUUCCGGCAAGUCUUGUGGUACGACCAAUGGUCCGCCAAGCGGUAGGAAGCCCAGAAGAAGACGAACGGCCUUCACCCACGCUCAGCUUGCUUAUCUGGAGCGAAAAUUUCGUUGUCAAAAAUAUCUAAGCGUCGCGGAUCGUAGCGACGUCGCCGACGCGCUGUCACUCUCCGAGACCCAACGUCCUGUAAAGAAAGCAACUUUUUGCCACAGGACGAAGUGGAAGCGACAGAACCAACUGCGGCUGGAACAGCUACGGCAUCAAGCAACAGUGGAAAAAGAGUUGCUCGUGCGAGGAGUAGGACUCCACCAUGGCAGCAUAGACGCUUAUUGUCCACCUUACAACGCUCAGACCCAAACGCAGAGUCAUCCGCCUCCACCUCCACCACCGCCGGCACCGUCCACCGCCUCUACGGCAGCGUUCCUCUCGACCGCUGCAGCUCUCUUCCGAAACGUUACCUACGUUCACGGAUGUCCUCUCUAA